CACUUCCUCCACUUCCUCCAAUCCUAUUUGGAGAUGGGCAUAUCGGGAUUACUUGGCAUGAUGUCUUGCAGACCUUAUCUCCCUCGACGGACACCACUCUUCCGUUUCCUCCGCAAGUGGGGGAGGCAGCAGCUCCUCAAACAGAUACCUUCUUCAACGGCCACACCAAUUCUCCGCCUCCCCCAAGGCAAUUUCAAGGAAUUCGAUGAUAAUGAUUCUAAGCUGCGGAAGUGGAAGACGUUUUCUUCCAAGGAGCUUGGGAUUGAUAUUUUCAUGAUUCCCAAACCUACCAGACAAGUUCUGAACGGGCUCAAGAAAAAAGGUUACGAAGUUUACCUUGUAGGAGGUUGUGUUCGCGAUCUUAUCUUGAACAGAACGCCAAAGGAUUUUGACAUAAUAACUUCAGCUGAGCUUAAGGAGGUUUCAAGAACAUUUUCAUGGUGUGAAAUAGUUGGGAGGAAGUUUCCUAUAUGCCAUGUGCACAUUGAUGGUAGCAUUGUAGAGGUGUCAAGUUUUAGCACAUCCAGUAGGCCAUUUGACAGACACUUGAACUCUGCUAUUGAAAAGCCAAUGAACUGUGAAGAGGAAGAUUAUGUCCGAUGGAAGAAUUGCCUGCAACGUGACUUUACCAUUAACGGGUGGUUUACGAGAUCCUGCAUCUUGAGAAUCCAUGUUCCUAUCUCUAUUAUACAAUUGCUGAUGUAUGAUCCAUACAACAGUGCAGUAUACGACUACUUGGAAGGAAUGGAGGAUAUAAAACAAGCUAAAAUACGAACAGUGGUUCCUGCCUGCACUUCCUUUCAAGAGGAUUGUGCACGAAUCCUUCGAGCAAUCAGAGUUGCAGCUCGUUUACGGUUCAAUUUUGCAAAGGAUACUGCUGGUUCUAUUAAAAAAUUAUCCUGCCUGGUGUCUACCCUCAAUAAGGCAAGGCUUCAGAUGGAAAUGAACUAUUUGUUGUCUUAUGGUUCUGCUGAAGCUUCGUUGAGGUUGUUAUGGAAAUAUGGACUUCUAGAAAUACUUCUUCCAAUUCAGGCAGCAUAUUUCAUCCAAUAUGGUUUUCGGAGGUCCGACAAGGGAUCAAAUAUGCUUUUGUCCCUAUUUUCCAGCAUGGAUAAACUUCUGGCACCUAAUAGACCUUGUCACAGUAGUAUAUGUGAAGCAGUCUCAAACACUGUUUUCUCCUACAGGGUUGCAGUAUUAGCCUUCCAUGUUGCCCUGUCUGACCAGCCUAGGAGUCCUUUAGUGGUUGCAGCAUUUAGUCUUGCAGUCCACAAUGGGGGCAAUAUGAUGGAAGCAAUUAGCAUUGCUAAGAGCAUCAGUAGAGCACAUAAUGUAAACUUUCACGAAUUGUUAGAACCUGAGAAUCUGGAGGUCCAAACUUUGAUUGAUGAGGUUAUGGAUCUUACUACGUCUAUUAAGAACGCACUUCAUAAGAUGACCGACGAGCAUUCUGUGUCUCUAGUCUUGGAAAUGUAUCCCCAAGCACCAGCCUCGGAUCUAGUUUUUAUCCCAUUGGUGGUGUACUUGAAGGUACGCAAAAUUUUUGAGUGCGUUGUUGAGGGUGCAGAGAGAGUAUUUGUUCCGAAGAGAGGAAAGGUUAAUUACGAGUGUCUGGCUCUCGGGGACCUACCAGAACUUCGGCAUUUUUUUGCAAGGAUUGUAUUUGAUACUGUCUACCCUCUUGAUCUCAAUCAUACUCGAGAAUAAAUUUUCAAGAUAAUUAGUAAAUGGUGAUUUUUGGUUCCUUUA